UUGAAUCGCUGAGUGCGAUACACUUCUAUCCAUCUCACUCGCGAGGAAGGUAGUUGCACAUUACCGACUAUCAGCAGUCGCUACCGGAGCCGCAUGAGAAACACCGAGUGAAAGCCGCGAAACAGUACGAGGAGCCAGCAAAGUGUGCUUGACUCAAAAGUACGGAAAGGAGGAAACUUCGCAUAAACUAUGGCCGUAUCAGCAACUCCUCCGGUGCUUUCACCGACCUCCGCUCCCGGGGGCGCGAGCAGCCUCUUCCGUCCCGACUCUCUGUACUCCAGCCCGGCCGAGUCCCCGCGACUGACCAGCAGCAUGAUCAACUCUUUCAUCACCGGCACCGGCGCCGGCAGCACCAACGGGAACGGGCCCGGCGGUGUCCACAACAACGAGUGUAAGAUGGUGGAGGUGCACGGGGUGAAAGUGGCCUCGUUCACCCUGGACGGCCAGGAGCUCAUCUGCCUCCCGCAGGUGUUCGACCUGUUCCUGAAGCACCUGGUCGGCGGACUGCACACCGUCUACACCAAGCUGAAGCGGCUGGAUAUAUGUCCGGUGGUGUGCACGGUGGAGCAGGUGCGGAUCCUGCGCGGACUUGGGGCCAUUCAGCCGGGCGUGAACCGGUGCAAACUCAUCACCCGAAAAGACUUCGAGGCGCUUUAUAACGACUGCACCAAUGCCAGUUCUCGGCCCGGUCGUCCUCCCAAGCGUUCUCUCGGCUUGGCGAUGCAGGACAGCUCACGUCUGCUUCCACACGGCGUUCACGGGCUGCUCUCUCCCAGCCUGCUCUCCCCGACAGGUCUGACAGCAGCAGCCAUGGCUGAAGCUAUGAAAUUCCAGAAGAUGAAACUGAUGGCCAUGAACAACAUUCACGGAGCAGGAAGCCAGAACGGUACUGAGUCGGAGAACGAGGAGCUGAACUCCAGUGCAGGCGGCAGCGAGUCGUCCUGGGAUAAAGAGAAACUCCAGUCCCCCCUUUCCUCUGGUGCCCAGCAUGGUCUGGCUCACGCCGGCCUCUCCUCUCAGCACGGCCUGUCAGGGUCUCAUCUCUCUUCCCUACAGCAGAGUCAUCUCCUGGCUAACCGGCUGGACCUGCCGUUUAUGAUGAUGCCCCACCCCCUGCUGCCCGUCAGUCUGCCGCCUGCCUCCGUUGCCAUGGCGAUGAACCAGAUGAACCACCUGAACACCAUCGCCAACAUGGCCGCAGCUGCUCAGAUGCACAGCCCCCUGUCCAGAGCAGGAGCGACUGUCAUCAAGGAGUGUGUACAGGACAGUCCGUCUCCUGCUCCAUCUCUGGAGGAAGCCCCUCGUCCCGGAUCACAGCCCUCUUCUCACCCUAGCAGUAGUGUGUCCAGCUCCCCAAACCCACACACACAGAGUCCUGAACGCCUGGUUCUGAACCCGACCGAUGGAGAACUACCAGAACGAGACACCGGCAUCAAUAUGAAGAAAAUCCUUAAAGAGAAAGACGAGGCUCAGUUAGCUUUGCCCAUGCAGAAACCAGGGUUCGAGAAGCUUCCUCUGGGCACUCAGACUCUUCCUCCAGGCUUCCCCGCUCCCUUCCUGUUUGCAGAUGGCCUCUCUUCCGUGGAUACAUUGCUCACUAACAUCCAGGGUCUGCUGAAGGUGGCCGUGGAUAAUGCCCGUGUGCAGGAGAAACAGGUGCAACUGGAACGCAAGGAGUUAAAGAUGGAGCUGUACAGAGAAAGAGAGAUGAGAGAGAGUCUGGAGAGACAACUCACCUCUGAACUGCACAGCCGAGCCACUAUUCAGAAGCGUCUGAAGAAGGAAAAGAAGGCGAAGAGGAAACUGCAGGAGGCUCUGGAGUUUGAGUCCAAGAGGAGAGAGCAGGUGGAACAGGCUCUCAAACAGGCCACAUCUCCUGAGAGUCUUCGCAUGAGUCUCAACGAGGCAGUGAUACCAGAGGUGAAGUCUGAACAUAACGGCAACCAGCAGGAGAACUCAGCUGUACAAGAAAACAGACCCUACUCCAAACCUCCCAUCAUGUACUGAAGCCUCUGGCAUCUUUAGUCCCACGACAGACAUCUCAC